AUGUCAUCAGCAGAAGCAGCCACGGACAUCCUCCGUCAAGUACUGGAGGAGUUUGGCAGCGUGUUGAGUAUCCACGGCGAGUCGGAGGUUUUGGUCAGCGAUGCUGCCAUUGCCAAGUCCAUCUACGAAACCACAGAAUCUGUACGAACACCUUUCGGUCCCAGGAUCAUCGUCGCAUCGCAGGGACAAGCAGAUGCCUCUCAAGUGGAGGGCAUCCCCAACGCCAGCGUUGUGUCCGUAAAUGACAAGGCUUUCAAGAUGGACUUCUACACCCAUGCCGUUUUUGGAAUCCAGUCAGACGACCCGAAGUACGUCUUUGGAGGCUUGAAGCAUAUGCGCUACGGUCUUCGUCCAAAGGGGUAUGCUGUUGUCAUCUCGAUCAAGCAAGAAUCGGUCAAGCAGGAAGAUGGCACUUUUACCGUCUCUUUGGAGGACAAGAUGAAGUACCAGUCGCGAGGCAAAGUCAACACUCUGACGGACGUCGUGGAGUUUGCAGAAUUUGAGCGGGGCAGAAUCAAGUCUUUCGACAAGGUUGCUAAUGUUGGUGGCAAGGAGGUGCAAGCCGAGGUCAUAUUGGCCAAGAAAUGGGACCAGCUGUCCGCAUAG